CACCUCACGCUGCACCGAUCACAGGAGGAGCGCCCUGCGCAGCCACUCAAAUACGUGGCCUACAACAUCCACAUCAAUGGCACCUACCACUGCAGCGUGCGGUUCAGUGAUCUGCACAAGCUCCAUGAGAAGCUAAAGCGCGAGUUUGGUGCAGGGGCCCUGGAAAAGUUCCCACCCAAGAACUUUCGCUACAUGCCACCCGAGGAAUGCGUUGAGCGUCGCUACUACUUGCAAAAGUGGCUUCAAAAGGUGGCGCAACAGCCCUUGAUCUGCAAUGGCACCACCUUCCAAACCUUCCUCCUCAACGCCCAGAAGGAAGUGCAAAAGGGCCCGGAAGAAGAGGUUGAGCUUGACGUGUACCUGGCCAACGGCAAGCGCAUCAAGGUGGACAUCAUGUCCACUGACCAGACCGAGGAUGUCCUUGAGACUGUGGCCGGCUUUAUCGAGCUGCCGACCGCCAUGACCUACUUUUUUGGUCUUUACUUGGUGGAUGACAUUGACGGCAAGGUCGUGAUCCGCAAGCUUCAGGAUUUUGAGUCCCCCUUCAUCUCCCUCAUGCGGGCCGAACCGCACCAGAAGAUUCAGCUUCGCAAAGCCUAUUACAACAUCCAGCUGGACCAGCUCCUUUGGAACAACCCCAUCGCCCUCAAUCUCCUCUACAUCGAGGCCAUCACCGAGUUGAAGAAUGGUCACAUUCAGCCCACGCCAGAUGCGCAGGCGCAGCUUGACCAGUACCGCAGUGAACGAGACCGCAAGGCGUUUUUGGAACUCAUUCGGUCACAACCUGGCUAUGGCUUUGUCAACUUUGGCUCCGCCACCACCAACUGGCCCGAGGAGAAUGCAUCCAUGAUUGUGACCCUGGGCAACCCAGGCAACAACAAGGCCGCAAUUGUGCUCUGGGAUAAGACUUCAAACAAGCCUCAUGAAUUUCUCGUUCAGCGCAUGCGCUGUUGGCGCACCUACACCGUGGAGGAAGGCGUUGAGAUGGAGUUUGAGUAUCUGAUGGACGUGGAUGAAAAUAACAAGCCCAAAAUGCAAUGGAUCAAGCUGCUUUCGGAGCAGACCAUUCACUGCGCAAUGUGCUUGCAGUUCAUGGUUGAGGAGAUGCUGCGCAUCGCCAAGAAGCAGCCCAUCAAAGUGUAG